AUGGCUCCCAACCUCAGCAAGACGACGCCUGCUGGCCUCCUCGGCGGCGACGAGGUGGCCCCGGUGGAGGGCCUGAAGCCGUUACGGUUCACGCUCAAGGGCAAGGACCUGGCCGUGGACGGCCACCCGUUCCUGCUGGACGUGCCGGCCAACAUCCGGCUCACCCCGGCGUCGACGCUCGUGCCCGCCGCGGACGCUCCCGCGGCGGCCGGCGACGGCAGCUUCCUCGGCUUCGACGCGGCGGCGGCCAAGAGCCGGCACGUGGUCCCCGUCGGCAGGCUCCUUGACAUCCGGUUCAUGAGCAUCUUCCGCUUCAAGGGACGUGGAGAACGAGACGCAGAUGAUGGUGCUCGACCGUUCCGCCGACGCCGCCGCGCCGGCGGCGGCCGUCCCUACGUGCUGCUGCUCCCCAUCAUCGAGGGCUCGUUCCGGGCCUGCCUCGAGGCCGGGAAGGCGGAGGACUACGUGGACCUUUGCGUGGAGAGCGGAUCCUCGUCCAUGCGCGGCGCCGCGUUCCGGAGCGCGCUGUACCUGCACGCCGGCGACGACCCGUUCGAGCUCGUCGCGGACGCCGUCAGGGUGGUCCGCGCGCACCUGGGCACGUUCCGGACCAUGGACGAGAAGACGCCGCCGCCGAUCGUAGACAAGUUCGGGUGGUGCACGUGGGACGCCUUCUACCUCAAGGUGCACCCGGAAGGGGUGUGGGAGGGCGUGCGCCGCCUGUCCGACGGCGGGUGCCCGCCGGGGCUGGUGCUCAUCGACGACGGCUGGCAGUCCAUCUGCCACGACGAGGACGACCCGGCCAGCGGCGAGGAAGGCAUGAACCGCACCUCCGCCGGCGAGCAGAUGCCGUGCCGCCUCAUCAAGUUCCAGGAGAACCACAAGUUCCGGGAGUACAAGCAGGGCGGGAUGGGUGCGUUCGUGCAGGAGAUGAAGGCGGCGUUCCCGACCGUGGAGCAGGUGUACGUAUGGCACGCGCUGUGCGGGUACUGGGGCGGCCUCCGCCCUGGCGCGCCCGGACUGCCGCCGGCCAAGGUGGUGGCGCCCAAGCUCUCCCCGGGACUUCAGCGCACCAUGGAGGACCUCGCCGUCGACAAGAUCGUCAACAACGGCGUCGGGCUCGUCGACCCCAAGCGCGCGCACGAGCUCUACGAGGGCUUGCACUCCCACCUCCAGGCCUCCGGCAUCGACGGCGUCAAGGUCGACGUCAUUCACUUGCUGGAGAUGCUGUGCGAGGAGUACGGCGGCCGCGUUGAGCUGGCCAAGGCCUACUUCGCCGGCCUGACGGCGUCGGUGCGUCGGCACUUCGGCGGCAACGGCGUGAUCGCGAGCAUGGAGCACUGCAACGACUUCAUGCUGCUGGGCACGGAGGCGGUGGCGCUGGGCCGCGUGGGCGACGACUUCUGGUGCACGGACCCCUCCGGCGACCCCAACGGCACCUUCUGGCUGCAGGGGUGCCACAUGGUGCACUGCGCCUACAACUCGCUGUGGAUGGGCAACUUCAUCCACCCGGACUGGGACAUGUUCCAGUCCACGCACCCCUGCGCCGCCUUCCACGCCGCUUCCCGCGCCGUCUCCGGCGGGCCCAUCUACGUCAGCGACUCGGUGGGGCAGCACGACUUCGCGCUGCUCCGCCGCCUGGCGCUCCCCGACGGCACCGUCCUCCGGUGCGAGGGCUACGCGCUGCCCACGCGCGACUGCCUCUUCGCCGACCCGCUCCACGACGGCCGGACCGUGCUCAAGAUCUGGAACGUGAACCGCUUCGCGGGCGUCGUCGGCGCCUUCAACUGCCAGGGCGGCGGGUGGAGCCCCGAGGCGCGGCGGAACAAGUGCUUCUCGGAGUUCUCGGUGCCCCUGGCCGCGCGCGCCUCGCCGGCCGACGUCGAGUGGAAGAGCGGCAAGGCGGGGCCCGGCGUCAGCGUCAAGGGCGUCUCCCAGUUCGCCGUGUACAUGGUCGAGGCUAGGACGCUGCAGCUGCUGCGCCCCGACGAGGGCGUCGACCUCACGCUCCAGUCCUUCACCUACGAGCUCCUCGUCGUCGCCCCCGUGCGCGUCAUCUCGCCCGAGCGGGCCAUCAAGUUCGCGCCCAUCGGCCUCGCCAACAUGCUCAACACCGCCGGCGCCGUUCAGGCGUUCGAGGCCAGGAAAGACGCGGGCGGCGUCACGGCAGAGGUGUCCGUGAAGGGCGCCGGGGAGCUGGUGGCGUACUCGUCGGCGAGGCCCAGGCUCUGCAAGGUGAACGGCGAGGAAGCCGAGUUCGCGUACAGGGACGGCAUGGUCACCGUCGACGUGCCGUGGUCGGGGUCGUCCUCGAAGCUGUGUCGCGUCGAGUACGUCUACUGA